AUGCGCCUUGUGGAUUUAACUGUUUUACAGGAAGCUGCAUUUUCAAAUUCUCGAUGGCUUCCUUCUGAAGGGCGUGUGAGUCGAGCAAAUAUCAUAGACCGAAAUGGCGUGAUUCUUGCAACAAGUGUGACAACAUCCUCUUUAUAUGCAGAUGCUCGUUUGGUGACGGAUGGGAAACGCAUUGCCCGUAAACUCGUGAAAAUACUGCCUGAACUCAAUGAAGAAAACAUGGCUAGACGGCUAAAUUCGGGAAAGGCGUUUGUUUGGCUAAUGCGUCACUUGACUCCUAAACAACAGGAAAGGGUUUUAAGGCUUGGAGAGCCUGCUCUUAAUUUUCAACGUGAUGAAAAACGUUUUUACCCUCAUGGUUCUUUGUGUGCUCAUGUUUUGGGAAUGACAGAUAUUGAUGGAAAAGGCAUUUCUGGAUUGGAGAAAUCCUUUGAUAAUCAACUUAUGCAAGAUCCUUUGAAGGUUUUUAGUGCAUUAGAUGAUCGCGUCCAGGAUGAAACCUUUCAACAGGAUGCUGUUCAGACUUCUAUAGAUGUUCGUAUACAAUCUGCUUUGCAUCAUCAGCUGAUCUGGGCCAUGGAAAAGUUUAGCACAAAAUCAGCCAAUGGUUUGGUGGUGGAUUUGAAAACAGGUGAAGUUCUUGCGAUGGCAUCGCUGCCUGAUUAUGACCCUAAUGUUGAUAAAGGAAUUUUACCGAAAGAGGCGUACUUCAAUCGAAACACGCUUG